UCCUGCGAAGUUUUUUUGUUGUUGAUGGAGGAUCAGUGAUUAACAUCGCUUGAAUAUUGGGAGGCUGCACUUUCUCUACAAAAUACUCAAAAUCUGUUCCAUAAGGGUAAAAAACAACCAAAAUCAUGGUUGCCCCAAUCAACACAUCUGACUAUGAUGACUACAAUGAUUCAGUGGUGAUACCAUCUCAGUCCCCAGUCAUCUAUGAGAUGUAUCAGAUGAGGACUGGCUUGAGAUUAAUGUAUGUGUCGUUCUACUCAGCCAACCUUCUACUGGGUCUACUGCUCAACUCUGCCGUCAUCUUCAUGAUUGUCUGGAAAUACAGGUCCAAGAAGAAACUGAGUCGACGGAUGUUGAUCCUUGGCUUGGCUGCCACCCACCUCAUCUUCUGCCUCUUCACUCCACUUUACUUGAUCACAGCCUGGAACUACUUCUCCUGGACAUUUGGGAAGGUUGCCUGCAAGCUGGGGUCCUUCGUGAUGUUUAUGAACAUGUUCUCUGCCUCAGCGAUGAUCACUUUCUGGAAUGUGCGCUGGUGUGUCCCCAGAUGUUUUGAACAUCACAUGUCCAGCAGCAUGGUUCUGCUGUCCUGGUUCACUGGGGCCAUACUAAGCGCCCCCUCUUUACUGUCCAGGGAGGUUCAGUAUACUGCCGAUGGACACGUCUGCCUUGACAACUAUGAUUAUACUGAACAACCCCAGAUCUCUAAAGAGGGUAAGGAGAGAAUGAUGGCUGUGGUGAGCUGUCGCUUAAUUUUUGGGCUGCUGCUCCCUUUGGGUGCGACAUGUGUCAGCCGUUGCUGCAUUAACAGCAGGGGAAAUAACCAAGUGAAGUCAUUGGUUAUUCGACCUGUGACUAUUGCCCAUUUCCUAUGCUGGGCUCCUGUCCUCUGUCUCUCUAUGCUGCAAAUCGCAGUGGAGACAGACAACAGAUGGUUCAGAUACGUAUUGUCCACAGCCACUGCCCUGUCAGUCUUAAACAGCUGCAUCUAUCCUAUCAUUUGCAUUUGGCAAGGAAAUAAAGAACUUAAGCAUAACUUUCGCUCACAGCCUGAAGAGACCCCUCAAACAGAGGACAAAGGAGAGGAGGGCCAUGAGAUGACUUGCCUGGAUAGGGAAUACAAUGUCCUUGAACAGUAAUGGGAAUACAACAUAUUGUAAAUGCAAUUAACAAUUUAAGAACUUUUCCAGCUUGAAAUAUACUUGUAAAUAUCAUGCAAAAUAUACAAUAAUUUUGUCUAUAAUUUUUAUGAAUUGUAUACUCACAGUAUGUACAGUAUAAUUACACAUUGUUCUAAAUCCCUCUUGAUCAAGGUAACAUGUCUUAUUUUUUUAACCUGUAUUUCUUCUUUUCAAAUGCUUAUUAAAUAAAGAUUUAUAUAACCAUUAA